CGUUAUAUUGCGCUCAGUUACGUCUGGGGUCGCAAGGGACAAUUAUGUUUUACAUCCGAGUCUGAACCAGGUUUAAGGGCUGGUGUCAACCCCACGAUAUUCGCGAAAACGAUACGUGAAGCCAUCGAGCUGACAUAUGCGCUGGGAUAUUGCUAUCUCUGGGUAGACGCGCUUUGCAUCAAACAGGACUCGCCGUCCGACUGGAAUGCACAAAGCGCUCUUAUGAGUCAGAUCUACGGAAAUGCAGGACUCACUAUCAUGGCUGCACGCAGC